AUGGGACACGGACAUCCUACCCUGACAAACCCUCCCCUAACCCAGGCGACGCAGGGCCAAUUCUCUGCGUAUUGCCGUGACAACAAGGUCCGCGUGGCGAUAAAGAAGAUCAGUCCGUUUGAGCACCAGACGUACUGCCAGAGGACUCUGAGAGAGAUUAAGAUCCUGCUGCGAUUCAAACAUGAGAACAUCAUCAGCAUCAACGACAUCAUCCUCACGCCCUCCAUCGACCAGAUGAAGGACGUCUACAUCGUGCAGGACCUGAUGGAGACAGACCUGUACAAGCUCCUGAAGACCCAGCGCCUGAGCAACGAUCACAUCUGUUACUUCCUGUAUCAGAUCCUGAGAGGCCUGAAGUACAUCCACUCUGCCAACGUCCUGCACCGCGACCUCAAACCCUCCAACCUGCUGCUCAAUACCACCUGUGAUCUAAAGAUCUGUGACUUUGGUCUUGCACGUGUGGCUGACCCGGACCACGACCACACAGGCUUCCUGACAGAGUACGUUGCGACUCGCUGGUACCGGGCGCCUGAGAUCAUGCUCAACUCCAAGGGUUACACCAAGUCUAUUGAUAUCUGGUCUGUGGGCUGCAUCCUGGCUGAAAUGCUCUCCAAUAGACCCAUCUUCCCUGGGAAGCACUACCUGGACCAGCUCAACCACAUACUGGGUACUCACUCACUCACUCACUCACUCACUCACUCACUCACUCACUCACUCACUCACUCACUCACUCACUCACUCACUCACUCACUCACUUACUCACUCACUCACUCACUCACGUUCAGGAAGACACAUUGUUACUCUCUAUUCAUGACAUGAUUAUCUGUAUCUCUGUCCAGUGUCUGUGUUCUGUUGCC